CCCAAAUAAGACCAUCCAACUUACAAUGAUAUAUAGUUAUAAAUAUUUCUUAGAGUUGCAAAUGUAAGUUUUUCUCUGAUCCAAAAUAACACAAAGCGAAAAUAUGGAUUCUGGCAUUUCCUGGGGUGAUCAAUGGGACAACAACCCUGCAUCAAACAAAGACAAGAAGAAGGGCAAGGAUGGGUCAGGCAAGAACAAAUUUGGGAAGACUAUGUUGAGCUUCAAAUGGGUGAAAGAACUCCGCAAGAAAACUCAGAAGUGAUGAAAAACAUUGUGAUGAUAACUAUUACUACUAUUUAAGAAGCAGCCUCUGGCUCUUAGAAACUAAGAACGCAAUAAUGUAAUUGAUUUUGUCACUAUCUUAAA